CCAUUUAUUUCAUAGAAUGCUCAAAGGUGAUUUAAUCCAUCAACAUAGAUCUCCGAAAAAUGAUGAGAUUUGCUACGGCGAGACAUCACAUUAAGCUUCGUCGCCAAGCCAAUUCUAUAAGUUGUUUAGAAGUGACAAAGGGGGUAGGGUCACCAGGCUCAAAACAUACGUUCCCUGAUCAUGCCGCCUUUGUGCAAUACUCCCUGAAAACCUACCUAGCUACAUUUUGCUUUUUUGAAAAUGUCCUGGGCGGCCACAGGUUGGCCUGCAGCUAAGGGUUAGGACGUGGCUGAGGUGUUGACAUCAUGGACUUGCUAGACCCGGCAUUUAGGGAAGAAACCUAAUAAUUAAUUUGAGCUUCAUGUUGCACCGGAGAUCGCGUAUUCCAGCCUCAAUUUGGGCAGGCCAGGUGUGACUUUACAAUGGGAAAGCCGCGUGUUAUAUAUUGGUUCCGAACAGAUCUCCGACUGCAUGAUUCUCCUGCCUUGAAAGCAGCUCUUGAUCUCGAUCCCGCUGUUCUUUGGCCAAUCUUUACAUGGGAUCCUCACUAUGUAUAUCGAGUAAAAGGAGGUGCAAAUAGAUGGCAAUAUCUACUUGAUUGUCAAAACGAUCUGUCAGAGUCCAUUCAAAAGCUCAAUCCUAAGUCAAAGCUAUUUGUGUUGCGCGAGGCUCCACAGACUCUCUUCCCUAAGUUGUUCAAAGCCUGGGAUGUGACACAUCUAGUUUUUGAAAAAGAUACAGAUGCCUAUGCUCGGGCAAGAGAUAACGCCGUAGUCGCUUUAGCGAAAGAAGCCGGCGUUCAAGUGAUCAUUCGUUAUGGGCGUACAUUGUGGGAUAGCGAUGAGGUCGUCGCUAAGAAUGGAGGGAAGCCGACGAUGUCUAUCACCCAGCUCCAAGCUGCUGGUAAGAAAGUCGGAGAGAUACCCAGGCCUGUUCCAACACCUAGGCAUCUACCAGAUCCAGGAGACAUGCCACUUGACUUUAAGCAGGACAAGCCUAAGACGGAACUAGAUCUUAAUGCUUCAUAUCGAGGUGGAACGGACAAAACUUACUUUAGUAUCGCGGGCCCCCAAAGCGACUUUGCAAUAUUGACCCUCGAGGAGCUUGGCUUCAUAGAAGCGACUACUACACCACAUCGUGGCGGCGAGACGCGAGCUCUCAAGAUGCUAGAUGAAAUAUUCGCGGAUGAAGAGUACGCUGCGACUUUCAAAAAGCCGAAAACUAGCCCAGCUGCCUUUGAGCCGCAGUCUACGACCCUUUUAUCGCCAAUGCUGCAUUUUGGCGCAAUAUCCCCGCGCCUUUUCUACUGGCGCGCGCACGACCUAGUCGAAAAGUAUGGUAAAGAAGCGUCCACGCCCCCUGAAAGCUUGACAGGUCAGCUCCUCUUCCGGGAUAUGUAUUUUGCGGCUCAAGCCGUAAUUGGUUCCCCUUAUGUUCAAACUCUUAAUAACGCGCACUGUCGUUUUAUCCCCUGGCACCUGCCAUCAAAAGUACUAGAUAAUACCGAGACGGGAAGUAAUGCAAUUAGCGGCGAAUACCAAGUAGAUUCGCCUCAAGCAGAAAAAUGGUUUAAACGCUGGAAGGCAGGCAUAACUGGUUUUCCGUUCGUCGACGCCUUGAUGCGCCAGCUUUGCGCUGAGGGCUGGAUUCAUCACCUAGGUCGUCAUAUGGUAGCUUGCUUUCUCACUAGAGGCGGAUGUUAUGUACAUUGGGAACGCGGUGCUGAUGUUUUUGAGGAGUGGUUGAUCGACCAUGAACCAGCUAGCAACGCCGGCAAUUGGCAAUGGUUGAGCUGUACGGCAUUUUACUCACAAUAUUAUCGCUGCUAUAGCCCCGUCGCUUUCGGGCAAAAAUGGGAUAAAAGGGGCGAGUUUAUACGGAAGUGGAUACCAGAGCUAAAGGAUCUGGACGAGAAGUUUAUUUAUGAGCCUUGGAAAGCCAGUAUAAGGGCUCUUGAUAAAGCUAAGGUCAAGAUUGAAGGCGAUGGUCUCUAUGAAAAGAAAGAGGGGACAUAUCCAACUCCAAUGUUCGACUUCGCGGAGAGGAAGAGCGUGUGCAUGUCUGCUAUGAAGAGAGCUUAUUCUAUUGGAUUAUAUGGGGAUGACGAGAGAGUUAAGAAUGGAACUUGGAAGGAGCUAUUUGAAAAGGCAGGUGAAACGGAGAUGGAAGGUAUUGAGGGUAGUGACGAUGAUGGAGAGCAUGCAGACGAUGCAAAUCAUCGAUUGGAAGGAGGUAGUAGCGGGAAACACCUAAGGAGUAAAAGUAUAUCAGCUAAGGAAGGGCCGAUGGAUAGGUACGCUAAGAAAGUAAAGACAUGACCUCAGGGGCCCCCCUAUUUCUAGAAUGUUACUUAUCGGCAAAGUUUCUACUAAGGUGUCGACCUUUAGAGGUCUGAGUCCAUAUAUCUACGUGUAUUAUGGUGUAACCAAUGUAUGUGUGGACUGUGUUUGUGCACUUAUGCCGCGUUGGCGCGUCAAUUGUAUGUGGAUGACUCAGGAGACUAUCGAAAAUAUCAUAUAAGGC